CUCGUCUAGCAGUCGUUGUUGAGCACUGGUGUUGAGGCGCGACCUUACUGGUGGGAUCAUGGAAUAUAAUAUGAAGGCAGUUCAAGUUUAAUUGAUAAGGCUAGGCUACCGAAAUGCUUCACUGGAAGUGUGUUUGGUCUUUGUAUGAGCCAGCUGUUAGGUCAUGUAAAGACUUGAAUGGCCGUGGAUGGUGAACAUUUCCAGAUAUUCCGAGUUAAUUUCCAUUGAACCUGUAUUCCAUUGAGGCCUUAUGAAGCCUCUAACUCCAUAUGCAGAGAGGAAGAGCUGAAGUUGCAGUUGUUUGAGUUUCUGCUUGUGUAAAAGAAGAAUAUAAGAUAGACAAAGCAUUCGGGGGAUCUCAUAUGGAUAAAGCCAUUGCUCAAAACCACUUAGGAGAAACAGCUUUGAUUGGUAGUUACCGCUGCUGGAGUCUCUCAGCGUUUGGAAAUGUUAUUUAAAAAGAACUUGCUAAACUCACUUAUAUUGGCUGUGCUCUUCAUUUCACUUCUUUGUUUCAUGGCAUCCUUUUCAAAAAGUAGGGGAAAAAGUGGAGAGCAAAUCAAAAAGAAAGAAGAACGUCUCGAUUUUGAAGUCGACUACAUGUUUGAAUUAGAUAAGGACAUCAUCUUCACAGACAAAGCAGAUUAUAAACUUGCAGUUGGCUAUCAGAAUGCUAUUUUCCAAAAUGGGAUAACAGUAAUAGACCCUGAGGAAAAGCUGUCUAGAAGCUCACAAGCAAAAGUGAUCUUGGAUAGAUCGAAAUUCAAAGACACGGAACAUACUGUCAAUCAAACGGUACAUCCUGUCAAUCAAAGCAACACUGACGUCACGGGAAAUAGUUCCUCUGACGAUGAAGAAAACAUCGAUCAAAACCCUGUGGUGGAACAAUACAAAGAAGAGAUGAACGGAAAGGUCAGGUCUCCAAUGUGUAACGCAAGCAAGCCUCUGGUGAAUAUUGUCUCGAUCAAAACACACAGAACAGGAAGCUCCACUCUUGCUAACAUUCUCUACAGAUUUGGCGAGCAGAGAAAUUUAACAUUCAUUCUGCCCAGUGCUUCAACAUACCAGUACUUUUGGCCAUUACGGUUUCACAUAUCUCAUGCUGCAGUCAAUUUGCUAAACAAGGAGCAACCAAACAUGCUGGUGAAUGCAGGCCGGUUUGCCAGGACGCAUAUCAAGCCCAUGAUGCAUAAUGAUACGAUGAUAAUUUCUAUAUUGAGGGAUCCUGUUGACCACUUUGAAUCAGUAUAUGAGUAUGCAGAUAUCUCGAAGCUGAUUGGUCUAUCCAAUUCAACGCUUGACCCAUUCGAAACAUUUUUAGAGGCCCCGAAAAACAACGUGAUUAAGUUUGUUCAGAAUUCGAGAUCCUUUGCCAUGGAGCUUAACUUGCUGAAAAACGGGAUGGCCUUUGACUUGGGCCUUGAUCACCAAAGUUUCUCUGAUGAGGAUGCGAUUUCUGAAUUCAUAAAGAAACUCGAGAAACAAAUUGACUUUGUUGCGAUGGCUGAAUAUUUUGACGAGUCUCUGGUUUUGAUUAAAAGAAUGUUAUGUUGGGAAACGGAAGAUAUCAUCUACAUUAAACACAGAGUUCGGAAUCCUGCUUUCAAAAAUAAAGUAACCGAGAAGCAAAAGGAGAAGAUACGAAAGUGGAAUCUUGCUGAUGUCAUGUUGUAUGAUCAUUUUAAUCAAACAUUUUGGGAAAAGAUUAAGCAGCAGGGCGAAGACUUCCACGCAGAAGUGACCAGCUUCAAAUUCAAAGUGGCUCAGAUCACGGAAAUCUGUUUUGAAAGGGUUCAUAAUGUUAAGGCGUUCGAGUUGCCUAUAACACAGAAGAACAACAUCCCAAAAGAGCUAAAAGAUGUUUGCCAAAAGCUAAGACUUAGUGAAAAAGAAUAUAUCCGAUUGUUAAAAGAUAAACAGAAAGAAAGAAUUCGCCAGUCAAAUCUUAAGGCUUUUAGUAAAAUAUUCUAUAAGGAAAAGAAUAAUACUAGAGUUUUCUAUGCCAAAGACAAUGCUACUGCAGCAAACAUGACCAAUAUUUAUGAUUAGAGAUUGUAACAUUGAAGCCUUUAGAUAAAAGGGAGUGUUAUUUAUAUAAUGAGGAUGAUUAAUCAUUUUUUUAUCUUAAGAAAUUUGGGUUGUUUGUCUGUGUUCCUAUUUACCGUCUUAUCUGCACAAGCAUUCAAGAAAUCAAGUAACCACGUUUUUAGAGUUAUCAACUUUAUUUUGCGACUAUUUCACCAAAUAUCAUUAAACAAUGUUGCUUGGAAGGAAGGGGGAUGGAAGGGGGAGGAAAGAAGUUGUUUGUCGAAAUCAAUUCGAUAGGUUUCCUUUUAGAAAUAUACGCCAGAUACAAAUUUUGGCAUUAAUGUGAGGUGGGAUGGAAGAGCUAUCUCACAAUUUUUGUGGACGAUUUUAGAGCAUUUAUAAAACGAAUAAAUUUGAAACUUGUUUGACACAGGCGUCAGGAGAGGUAGGCAGCUUGGGUGAAAUGCUUAUCGGCAUUCUUGGGUAAUGAAAUAGAAAGUUUUGUCAUCCUGUAGUUCAAGGUGGUUGAUAGACCGGUAUUUACAAUGAGAGAUAAACUUACUAGAUAGAUUGUGGAAGAAAACAUGAAUCGGUAACACUUUUUAUAUUUUUCAUAAUAGUAUUUAGCAAGAAAAGCAAAAAACCCAAACGUUGAUAGUGAGACGCAAUUAGCUUGUGGAGAAAAUCCCACGAUAAAGUUUUGAUAAAAUUAAAUUGUUCGAAAAUUUGUUGUGCCAUGUGUUUUAUGGUGACAGCAAAUUUGUUGAACAACGAUUGCUAUUUUUAUGGAUUUUAGGCAUUUAUGGAGACAGCAAGGCCUUUGCCGAAAGGGAUUAUAAUCCUCAAAAGCUAAAGUACUUGUCAAACGGGAUU